AUGUCAUUGGAUCCAAGUGGAUUUUUAAGACCAAGUUCAAAGAGGAUGGAUCUCUUGAACGAUACAAAGCUCGUCUUGUUGCCCCAAGGAUAUACACAAGUUGAAGGUUUGGAUUAUGCUGAAACGUUUAGUCCAGUUAUAAAGCCUACAACCAUUCGUCUAGUACUAGCCUUGGCUGUAACCUCGAAAUGGCCUCUCAAACAAUUAGAUGUCAAAAAUGCUUUUUUACAUGGUUACCUUAAGGAGGUUGUCUACAUCUCCCAACCACCAGGAUUCCAAGAUGACAAAGUCCCUCAUUUUGUGUGCAAACUCAAUCGUUCUCUCUAUGGCUUAAAGCAAGCACCAAGAGCGUGGAAGAUGGAAGCUUCAAUCAGUGCAACACCUAUGGCUCUUGCUCCCCCAAGUUCACCUAACGACGAUGAACCUGUGGAUACCACCUCUUAUCGUAGUAUAGUAGGAUCCCUUCAAUACUUAUCUCUCACACGUCCAGACAUUAUUCAAGCAGUGAAUAAAAUUUACCAACAUUUCCAAAGUCCUACUGUCAAAGACCUCAAAGAAGUCAAGCGAAUUCUACGCUACUUGGUUGGAACUACACACCUUGGAAUCACCAUUUACAAAAACCACACUCUCAACCUCUAUGCUUUUUGUGAUACGGAUUGGGGUGGGUGUCCAGUUACUCGUCAAAGUACAAUCGGGUUCUGUGUCUAUCUUGGCUCUAACAUCAUCUCUUGGUCCUCUAAGAAGCAGCCCACAAUUGCUCGGUCUAGUUCAGAGUCUGAAUAUCGUGCAAUGGCUACAACAACAACUGAAAUUACUUUGCUCACUUUUCUUCUUCGAGAAAUCGGCAUUCCUCUAUUAAAACCCCCUGAACUAUUAUGUGAUAAUUUAAGCGCCUUGUAA